AUGGCUAGCCCUACAGUUCUCUCGUUUGAUGCUGAGGGCCGCCCGAUUAAGUUUGAGACCUGGCUCGAUGAUCUGCACCUGUUCCUCCAGCUCACUGCCAGAGAGGAUAUCUUGCUGUACGAUCACGCACUAGGCACAGUCCCUGCUCCUGCUACUACUGCUACCGCUACUGCUCGCUCGCAGUGGCAGACUCGCGAUGCCCACGCCCGCUUUGCCAUUCGCAACUCCCUGCCAGUCGAUGAGCGCGAGCACUUUGGCCAGCAUCAGACUGCGCAGGCCCUGUACACUGCUGUAGUUGCGCGCUACUCCUCCCCGGCCUCAGCUGCACUAGGCCGUCUCUCCCUUCCCUACCUGUUCCCCGACCUGUCCGCUUUCCAGACAGUCGCUGACCUCAUCACUCACCUCCGUACUAGUGAUGCCCGCUUCCGUGCAGCCAUGCCCGCUGAGUUUCUUGCCUCCAACCCUCCCCCGCUCUGGCUCACUCUCUACCACCUAGUCACCCGCCUCCCUGACACUCUGCGUACAGUCAGGGACCACUUCUUAGCUCGCUGCCCCACUGAGCUCACCAUUGCCGCCCUAGAGAAGGAACUACUUGCAGCUGAGAAGAGUAUUGUAGCUGUAGGUGCCUCUCGUGGCGACCCCCGCACCCCUUUCUUCGAGGGGUGUUCCCCCUCCCCCCUCCUCCCCUCUGUCGCCUCUGCUGCUGCUGUCGACCUUCAUGGUGCUGAGCAGAUCGGCUCUGCGUCCGCUCCCAGAGGGCGCCGCAGCGGCAAGGGCAGGGGAGGCAAGGGCGGUGGGGGUGACGGCGGGGGCGGCGGUGGUGGGGGUGGUGGCAGCGGUGGGGGCGGUGGCGGGGCUGGAGGGGCUAGUGGCAGCGGUGGGGGUGGUGGAGGCAGCGGCGGCGGCGGUGGCCGGGGUGGGGGCGGUGGUGGUGGCGGCAGUGGACAUGGCGGCGGCAGGGGCGGUGGUGGUCGUGGUGGAGGCGGCGGUGGUGGUCGUGGAGGCUCUGGCACUGGCCAGAGUGCGCAGCACCCUCAGUCCUCCCAGGAGCUUCGUGAGUGGUACUUACAGCACGGAGGUGGGGGGGGUAGCCUUAGCUGCACGUACGUCAUCCGCACUGGUCGCCGCAAGGGACAGACGUGCGGGAGGGCGCACAUUGCGCAGCGCUGCUUCUCUCGCCUAGAUGACGCUUGGCGUGCUCAGUUUCCUGACGCUCCUGAGCUCCCUCAGUGGGCUGAUCUCCUCAAGAAGGAUAUCGAUAUCUAUGCUCUUGAUUUUGAUGUUAUUCUCAAAGCAAUGUAUGCAUUGACUAUUAGUGGAGAGGAGGACCAGUGCCUGAGUGUUCCGCCUGACCCAGGCAUCCGCACGAGUGAGGCUGCCGCCCUAGGUGCUUGCGUGUCUGCUGCCCCAGGUGCUGGUGAGGCUACUGCUCUAGGUGCUUGUGUGUCCUCCGCCCCAGGUACUACUGAGUCCACUGAGGCACUGCACACCUUCACUCUAGACUCAGGCGCUUCGCGCUGUUUCUUUCGUGACCGCACUGCUCUUGAGCCCCUUGCUCGACCAGUCGCUGUCUCGCUCGCUGACCCCUCUGGGGGUCCGGUCAUUGCGACCUCCUCCACCCUCCUUCCUUGUCCUGCUGUCCCGUCGGGCACACUGUCAGGUCUCCACCUCCCCUCGUUCUCUACGAACUUGGUGGCGGGUUGUGCGCUUCAGGAUGGGGGUGUUCACCAGUUCACCCCUGCCUACGAGCGCGUGACACACUGCACGUGUGCUCGGACGGGCCGUCACCUAGCUACCUUCACUCGGCAGCCAGGGUCGGACCUGUACACACUGACCACUGAGUCCCCUCAGGUAGCGGCGUCUGCGUCUGCGUCUGCGUCAGGUCAGCUGUCUGCCCCCUGCUCGUGUCGCUCUCUAGCGCACAAGACUGUCCUCUGGCACCACCGACUUGGUCACCCGUCAGUGCAACGCCUUCGGGGCAUGCACGCCCGGUACCUUGUCUCUGGUCUUCCUCGGGUACUCCCUCCCCUCCCACCCUCCCUUGCUCCUCCUUGUCUUCCCUGUGUCGAGGGGCGGCAGCGCGCUGCCCCUCACUCCUCCUCGUUCCCCCCGACGACUCCUCCUUUGCAGACGCUCCACAUGGACGUGUGGGGCCCAGCCCGCGUCCAUGGUCAGGGCCAGAAGAGCAGAGCACGUCUUCAGCUGCGAGAGCGUUUUCGCUCGGAGUUUCCUGUCCUACGCUUGCACUCUGACAGAGGUGGCGAGUUCUCCUCCGACCUCUUGGCAGCCUACUGUGCUGAGCACGGCAUUCGCCAGUCGUUCACGCUUCCGGCCUCUCCACAGCAGAAUGGGGUUGCUGAGCGCCGCAUUGGCUUGGUCAUGGAGGUCGGUCGUACCUCCUUAGUCCACGCGGCUGCCCCCCACUUUUUGUGGCCGUUUGCAGUCCGGUACGCUGCGCAUCAGCUCAACCUCUGGCCCCGUGUCUCCGCUCCGGAGACCUCGCCCACACUGCUGUGGACGGGGGAGGUUGGCGAUGCGUCACGCUUCCGUGUCUGGGGAUCUCGAGCUUUUGUUCGUGACACGUCUGCGGACAAGCUCUCCUCCCGCACUGCUCCCUGUGUCUUUCUUGGCUUUGUACCGGAUGCGUCUGGCUGGCAGUUUUACCACCCCGCCUUGCACCGCGUCUUCCCCUCUCAGGACGUCACUUUUGACGAGUCCGUGCCCUUCUACCGCCUCUUCCCCUACCCCACUGCCCAGCUCCCUCCCCCGCCUCUCUUCCUUGCGCCAGGUGUUGCAGUGGUAGACCACCUCCCCCCUCAGGGUGCCGCUCCCUUAGGUGUCUCUCAGGUAGACCCGGUUGAGCCUGCCGAGGUAGCUGUCGACUCGCGUCCUGCUAGAGGUGCUGAGCCUGAGCGUGCGGAGCCUGAGCGUGCGGAGCCUGAGCGGGCGGAGCCUGGGGGUGCUGAGUCUGGGGGUGCUGAGACUGGGGGUACUGAGCCUGGGGGUGCUGAGUCUGGGGGUACUGAGACUGGGGGUGCUGAGCCUGGGGGUGCUGGGUCUAAGGGUACUGAGCCUGGCGUUGCUGAGUCUGGGGGUGCUGAGCCUGGUGGUGUUGCAGUUGACUGUGAGGCGCCUGGAGGACCUCCCUCUUCACAGCAGCUACGUGAGUGGUACUCACGGUACUGCAGCCUCCGGCGGGGUGCGUCUCGAGCUCGUGGUGCUACUGGAUUUGGUACUUGUGUUUCCCCACCACGGCGGGAGCCGCCCUCUUCCCCACAGCUUCGAGAGUGGUACGCUCGGCACAUCUGUCUCCGGAGUGGAGCUGCUGGUGCUCAGGUCCCCGGAGUUGACGCUGCUGCGGGUGCUGCGGACCCUGGUGCUGGAGGUGCUGCUGCUGCUGGCGGUGCUGCUGGAGGUGCUGCUCGUACUGAGGACCCGGGCGUUGGAGCUGGUGCGGGUGCUGCGGACCCUGGUGCUGGAGGUGCUGCUACUGCUGGAGGUGCUGCUGGUGCUUUUGGAGGUGCUGCUGCUGCCGCUGGUGUCUCUGCUGGUUCGAGAGUUGCUGCACGGCCACGGCCGUACUUCGUUCCGCUCCUUCAGCAGGUUCUUGGUCAGCGUCCUCCUCCUUGUCCUCCUCUCGCCUUAGAGUGUUCGCCGUCUGUCCAGUCACAGCCACAGUUACCGCCUGCCUCCCCACUCCCUGUGCCUACUCCUUACACUGGUCCGACUGGAGGUCUUGCUGAGAGACGUGAGCCUGCGUCACGUCCUGUGUCACCUGCGUCUUGUCGAGCGUCGCCUGUUCAUGCUGCUACCACUGGUAGUCGUGUCCAGAGUCAGCGUCCUCCUGCUGUCCCAGGCACUCACCAGAUGGCGCUUCGUCAGUCCACUGCUCCGCAGCGUGUCGCUCUCCCGUCGCCUCCUGCGUCCUCUCUUCCUGCUCUUGCUGACCCGGAGUCAGACACCCUUCGCGCUGCCAGUCCUACUGUCACACGUCUCCUGGCUACGGUUGUCACUGACCCUUCCUUUGAGUCCGCUGCUGCGUCUGCCUUAGUCACUGAGCUUGUCGACUUUGCAGCUGCGUGUCGUCUAGACUACGCUGCGAGUCUUGUUGCUGAGUCUGAGUCUGUCUAUCCUCCGUCCGUCGGGGGUGAGUGUGCUCUUGACACGGACGUUCUUGAGGACAGGCACGAGGAGUUUGGUUGCCUUGCCGCUGCUUUGCCCCAUCUCGUGUCCAUGCUUGUUGCCCCUAAGGGAGACCCGGAUGCACCAGACAUCCCGACCCCACGCUCUUACGCAGAGGCGAUGGCCGGUCCCUACUCCUCUCAGUGGCAGUCAGCCAUGGACACAGAGAUGGCUUCCUGGAAGUCCACUGGCACCUACGUCGACGAGGUUCCCCCACCUGGGGCGAACAUCGUCAGUGGCAUGUGGAUUUUCAGGGUGAAGCGGCCGCCGGGCUCUCCGCCUGUCUUCAAGGCGCGUUACGUUGCACGAGGCUUCAGUCAGCGAGAGGGAGUUGACUUCUUCCAGACCUUCUCCCCGACCCCAAAGAUGACCACUCUUCGGGUUCUGCUACACGUCGCCGCUCAGCGUGACUACGAGCUCCACUCUCUUGACUUCAGCACAGCUUUCUUGCAGGGCAGCCUGCACGAGGAGAUCUGGCUGCGCCGCCCACCUGGCUUCACUGGGUCGUUCCCUCCUGGUACCCAGUGGAGCCUCCGGCGGCCAGUCUACGGUCUCCGCCAGGCGCCACGUGAGUGGCACGACACACUGAGGACUACACUUGCGGCUCUUGGGUUCGCUCCUUCUACUGCUGACCCGUCGCUGUUUCUACGCACCGACCCCUCACUGCCGCCGUUCUACAUCCUCGUGUACGUCGAUGACUUGGUCUUUGCCACUUCUGACACAGUUGGUCUUGCUCACGUGAAGUCCGAGCUGCAGAAGAGACACACGUGCACAGACCUGGGUGAACUGACAAGCUAUCUUGGCUUGCGGAUCACCCGGGACAGAGCACGCCGCACCAUCACCUUGACUCAGUCACACAUGGUGCAGCAGGUCCUUCAGCGCUUCGGCUUCACGUACUCCUCGCCUCAGUCCACUCCUCUGCCUACGGGACACUCGCUCUCAGCUCUGCCUUCGGAUGAGUCUGUAGAGCCGAGUGGUCCGUAUCCAGAGCUUGUGGGCUGCCUCAUGUACCUGAUGACCUGCACUCGACCUGACCUUGCAUACCCUCUCAGCAUCUUAGCACGCUAUGUCGCUCCCGGCCGUCACCGGAAGGAGCACAUGGAUGCAGCUAAGAGGGUGUUGCGCUACUUGUGCAGUACGUCGGGCAUGGGGCUAGUGCUUGGAGGGCGAGACCGGCCUGUUCUCACUGGGCACUCAGACGCUUCUUGGGCAGACGACCAGGCUACUCAGCGGUCGUCCCACGGUUACACCUUCAGCCUUGGCUCUGGCUCUGUCUCUUGGCGUUCUACUCGCUCUUCUUCUGUUCUCAGCUCCAGCUGUGAGGCUGAGAUCUACGCCACGACCAUGGCUGCCCAGGAGCUUCGCUGGCUCACCUACCUGCUGACUGACCUUGGAGAGCAGCCUCGUUCUCCUCCAGUGCUGUACGUCGCCAACAAGGCCACCAUUGCCUUGUGUGGGGAGCACAGACUGGAGCACAGGACGAAGCACAUUGCUCUGCGCUACUUUCUUGCUCGAGAGCUGCAGCAGCGAGGUCAGCUUUGUCUGCGUUACGUGGCCACUCGGGCCAACACUGCUGACGUGUUCACCAAGGCGCUUCAGCCUUGUGACCAUCAGCGCUUCUGUACUGUUCUAGGCCUCGUGCCCACUGUCCCACAUUUGCUCACUUCUUGA